AUGUGGACCAAGAAACCAUAUCAAAAACCAUACUUCAUGUUCAAAGCUCUGAUAUCUUUAAAAUUCACACCACUAACUACAUCUACUGGAUUUAGUCCUCAUUAUUCUGUAAUUAAGCCGUCCAAAGUACUAAGAUUAUUUCAUGUAAAGAAGGAAUCAAAUAAUCAGAAUUUUACGCUUACGCAAAGAGUAUCAGGACACGUAAAAAAUAAUCUGAAGUUGUGCGGUUUUGAACUCCAAAGUGCGGUGCAUGUCUGGUACACAAUGCAUUCAUUUUCUCGUUUCUGUCACAGCUCGACUUCGACAGCAUUAGCUUCCUUUUAUGAUAUUAUUAUUGUUGGUGGCGGUAUGGUUGGCAACGCGAUGGCUUGUGCAAUUGGGUUGAACGAAAAUUUAAGAUUAAAAAGAGUGCUUGUUUUGGAUUCUGCAGAAAUUAAGCCUCCAACAAAAAAUUCACCCUAUGGGAAUCGAGUCUCUGCUGUAUCACCACCGGCUGUUUUGCUUUUUAAAAAUUUGGGAAUUUGGAACGAUCUUGUAGAUCUUAGAGUCAAACGAGUCGACAGACUUCAGGUAUAACA